AGAUGGCGCUGCAAACGCGCGUUUCAAUAUGGCCGACAACAUGGCCGAAGUGAAGAUUCGGUAAUCAUAACACAAAUAAACUUGGAAUUAUAGAAAUAUAUUUUUGCGUACGUGUGCAGUGAAAACGAACAUUCUUCACGAUGAAUAUGUCCGUGGAGAAGAAGAAAUACCCUUCGGCGUUGCCGAUCAAUUGGCAUGCGCGAGAAGAACCGUCGAGAAAGAGCCAAAAUCAGUUGACGUCCACGGGGAAGGAUUAUUAUUACGGCCGGGCUAGAAAUGAUUCAUCAUUGGUACCACCGAUCAGACAAACGGCAUCGAUUUUUAAGCAACCAGUUACAAUUUAUAAGACGCAGGAAGGAAAAGUGAAAGAUAUCAAACAUGGCAUUCAAGAGAAACCAAAACAGGAAGGAGCCGAUAAAACUGACGGCAAAUAUGGCUCCCAAGAUAAGCCUAAGCAGCUGUUCUGGGAAAAACGUUUAGAAGGUUUGCGAGCUUGCGAUGCUGAUGGUUAUGAAUUUGAUGGAAUGGAUCUGCCAAAGAAUUUAAAACCUGUAGGACCAUAUAUCACGGAAGAAACUUUGCUUCAAAGUGUGGCCACAGCAUUACAUGUAUCUACGCAGCCAGUCACAGGACAAACAGGAUCGAAAACGGCUUUGGAGAAAAAUCCUGGAGUGUUUCUCAAUCCUGAUCAACCACUUGUACAGGCAGUUUCGAUAGCGGACGAGGACAUAAAGAGGCAAGAAGAUCGAGUGGCUAUUGCGAGAAAAAAAUUACAAGACGCUUUACGUGCUAUUCAAACUUAAAUUAUAGAUGGUUUAUGUGUAUUUGCUCACUUCUUAAUUUUAAGUUUGUUAUAAAUUAUAUCACACACACACACACACACACACACACACAC